GUUACUUCGUUUUUCUCCGUUUUCAAUUUUCGCUCACGCGCUACCUGUGAGAUUGUUUCUUAAUUUUGCCUCUCUAAACUAGUUUUUCUCGUCCUUGUCUGAAUUUCGUUUAUUGCGGUAGCCUGAGAUUGGUUUUCUUCGCUAAUCGACAUCAAUCUCCGCCGCCAGGGAUUUUGUCAUCAUCCGAUGCCUUCCUCUUCAAGCCCACUUAAGCAUGUCUUCUGGUCAGGUGAUCUGCCUGAAACGCUUUUCGAUGGUAAUCGAUACCCUAGUCAUCCUGUUCGUAUCAAUUCUUACUCAAGACCACGCUACCUUAUUGACAUUUUAAAUAUCUUGAAUGGUAUGUCUGAGCUAGAUGUGUUAUUGGCAUCACCUCUCGGUGCUCUUUUCUCUUUGCCUGUUCGCCAAUGUGCAAUGUCUGGUCAGCUAGUCCACCAGAUGUUAUGUCGGCAGCUUCAUACUGAUAAUAGUGAUGAAACUUGGUUUCUUUUUGCGGGCCAACCAAUCCGUUUCUCUCUCAUGGAGUUUGAACAAAUUACUGGUUUGUGUUGUGCGCCUUUCCCGGCUGCUUCAGAUCUUGAACCUGUAACAACUCAUUCUGAAGGUUCUGCUCCAUACUGGUAUACAUUGAUUGGUCGUAAGCUUGGUGGUGCAACUGUUGAAGAUCUUCUUUCUUUGCUGAAGUCUGAUGCGAACAUGCCUGCGUGGAGAAAGUUUAGGCUUGCAUUAAUUGUUAUUGUUGAAGGAAUUUUACUGUGCAGAAAGUUUAGGCUUGCAUUAAUUUCGUGUAGUGAUCGGCGAACGGAUUUGAAGGAGCGUCCAUCCCGCCCUUGUCCGCUUAAGGCUAGGAUUGAAAUUUCACACGUUUAAAAAUUCCCUUUCCUAUAAGCAUUGAUAGAAAGGCUGGAUCAAACAAAUUUCUGGGGAAAAAGACUCUUUUUAACAAUAACCCCAAAAUAAAAUAAAUUGACAGCACUAACUUUAUCAGCUAGGGUUUGUCUUUCUUAAUUUAUGGGAUACUAGUAUAAUAGUCAUAG